GGGAGCUCCAUUGUCUGUGAGGGGAUGGCCGCGCACCCCCGCCGCGCCCCCGCCCGCCGCGCCCCCGCCCUCCGCGCCGCCGUGCGCGGGGCGCCGGGCGGCCGCGGCGGGUGGCUGCCGGCUCUCCCCCAAAGUUUUUGGAUCCGCGUCUCCUCAUGAUGUAUGGAUGAUAUAUUGCAUUGUGGGUGUCAAUAUAACUGACGGCCAUAUUUGCCGGUGCUGCUACUGCUGUAAACAACCCAAAGUGUCUGGGAGACGCGGAGACGCUUCGCUGAAUUUCAGGACGCUUCUCCUCCUCCCGCUGGCCAUGUCUCUGGGAAUGUCUUACAAGCCCAACUUGAACGCCCACAUCCCCGGGACUCCCCUCAACCCGGCUGGGGGUGUUCACUCUCCCUCCACAAGUAUGGCAACAUCAGCACAAUACAGACAGCUCAUAAACGACUACGGCCCCCCAUCCCUAGGCUAUACACAAGGGAUGCAGGGCACCAGCAGCAGUCAAGUACCACAGAGCAAAUAUGCAGAACUUCUAGCUAUCAUAGAAGAAUUAGGAAAAGAGAUUAGACCUACAUAUGCUGGGAGUAAAAGUGCGAUGGAGAGGCUAAAAAGAGGCAUUAUCCAUGCUAGAGGAUUAGUGCGGGAGUGCCUGGCCGAGACGGAACGAAACGCCAGAUCCUAGCCCACUGCUUCAGCUGCAAGGCUCUCCAUCUCCCCGUGAAGAAAAAGUAACACUUCUUCUUUUUGGCUCUUGAAACAUUCAGACAAACUCCUUUCUUUUGAAUGUUUUGCCGUUCUUGUUUUGCCCUUGCAAAAAUGUACAGUUAAGAAUGGGGAAAAAAAACCCCAACCCGAGGAUUUUUCAACUUACUGAGGGUUUGCAUUUUCUAAAGACAUUAAAACUCCCUAAAAUGUUUCUAAAACAUGGAAACUGAAGUGCAUGCAGAGGAAUGCUCCUUCUCUCCCAGGCUAUAUUUCAGUUCUCUUCUUAUCCAGCCACAGCCUCAUUCUGUUUUUUUUUUUCCUUUGACUAUGUUCACUUAUCCCCAAAAUGUCAAUCUUUCAAAGUUUGACAUAAGCUCUAAGGAUUUUUUUAAUAAAUGCAGAAAUAGCAUGCUGUACCUAGUAGUCUGCUAAGUCACAAUUUGUCAUACAGCAUAGACCCUGCUUAGAAAUAACCUUCCCCUUCUCUUAUUUUUCCUUUUUUUGUUCAUUUUGCAUAAACAUUUGCAUGACUGUUAGUGCUUUGAAGUCCACUUAAAGUGCAUGAGCUAUAUGGAAAAUAGGGAAACCUAUUAAAUAAUAACAAGGUCCUGGAAAGCUAAUUUCUACAUUAAGGCUGGAGAUUUCAGUUUGAAGUUUGCAAAAAAAAAAAAAAAGAAAAAAAAAGAAAAAGGAACAUAAAUUACUAAAACUGUUAUUUGCAUCUUUGUAUGUAUUUAUUACUUGACGUAAUAAAGCUUAUUUUCAUUAACA